GUCACCUGAUAUCUAGUAGCCCAGGUUGCCUGCCCAGUGAAAGAUCCAGCGGAAUUCCUUCCUCCCGUUUGCUCGUUCCUACGUUUAGUAGCGGACUUUUUUUUUUUUUUACAUUUUUUCUUUAACAAAAACCGAUCUCAAAAUCGCGGUGCGAUACAGCUGAAAAUUAACAAAGGAAAGAAAGAUGAGCUUUUUCAGCAAAGUAUUCGGCGGAAAGAAGGACGACAAAGUCCCGACUGCGUCCGAGGCGAUACAGAAAUUGAGAGAAACCGAAGAAAUGCUCGUCAAAAAACAGGAAUUUUUAGAAAAGAAAAUCGACCAAGAACUCGCCAUUGUCAAGAAAAACGGGACGCACAACAAACGAGUUGCGUUACAAGCUCUCAGGAGGAAAAAGCGAUAUGAAAGGCAAUUGCAACAAAUCGAUGGAACGUUAUCGACGAUCGAAAUGCAAAGGGAGUCCUUAGAAUCGGCCAAUACGAACACUGCAAUUUUACAGACUAUGAAAUUGGCAGCGGACACACUUAAAAACACUCACCAGCAAAUGGAUGUCGAUCAAGUUCAUGAGAUGAUGGAUGACAUAGCGGAACAACAUGAUGUUGCAAAAGAAAUAUCUGGCGCUAUAUCUAAUCCUAUUUCAUUUGGAAAUGACAUCGAUGAGGAUGAGCUAGAAAGGGAAUUAGAAGAAUUGGAACAGGAGGAGCUUGACAGGGAAUUGCUUGGAACCGGUCCUACUCCUACUGCAGACCAAUUUCCACAAGUACCUCAAGCAGUUCCUGCAACCGCCAAGCCAAAAGCAAAAGUUUCAGAUGAAGACGAAGAUUUAAAACAAUUAGAACAAUGGGCAACGUAAACUGUAAAAAUGCAGGGCGCACACCAAGUGAGAUGGAGUUUGUUAUUUCCAUGUUUCUUUCACAAAUUAUUUAAAAAAAGUUUAGAAAAAGCUUAUAACCUUUAACUACAUUGUAGCAAAAAUUGUUUGGAUGAUAAAAAAAAAUUACAGUGCAUAGUGCUUGAAUUUUUUUCUUUUUCUUUGUAAUAAUUUAAAUUUAUUUACCGAAAAACAUACAUAUAAAAAAGGCUGAUGAAAAAUGAAUAAAAAAACUUAUUGUUAAAUUUUUUUUAUUUUGUAAACGUUGAGCGACAAAAAUUUUUUUACACGAUACUGGACUGUUUUUGAUUUUGUUUCACAAUUGUUGAAAGCAGUUGUUUGCAACUGACCUAAUAAUGAUUGAUGGGUUUAUUAUCCAAAUUCUCAAUCAAAUUGGCAAUACGUUGUUUUAUUAUUUUCCAAUUUUAUAAAAAUAUUUGUUUUUCGUUAAUCUUGAUGUCGCAGAGCUGUUAUAAUUAUAACGUGUACAGUA